UCUUAACCUAAGAAAAUCAGUACAAACUUUACUUUUAUUCUAAAUGCUUAAAUUAAAACGAUUUUAAGUCUAUUUAUGAGUGGAAUGAUUUAUGAGCUCUCUAUAUGAUAAUCCUCUUCAGUAUCGUAGCAGUGGCUACUUCUUAUGCAGGAGUGGUAGCUCCAGUUGUGGGCCAUUCUGUUGUCUCUAGUCAUAGUAGUGUCGUUGCACAUCCAGCCCCAGCUGCCAAAGCAAUUCCUAUAGUACAUGCUGCCCAUGUAGUUCCGAUUAAGACUGUCCAUACUGUUCCUGCUGUGAAAACCUCACAUGUUGUUCAUCACCUUCACUAAACCGAUUAAAAGAAUUUAUUUGUUGGUGAAUUUAUUUAUAAAUUAGUUGUUUCUAUUA